UAAAGAAAUACAUAGAAAAAUAUACAUAAUGGCCCAACCAAAUUAUGAUCGGAAAGCCGAGCUCACAGCAUUCGACGAAACAAAACUUGGUGUCAAAGGACUUGUUGAUGCCGGAAUCUCACAAAUUCCUCGAAUAUUCCAUGUACCUUCACCAAAUUAUCUCAAAUCUGACCAUUCCCAACUAACUCUUCCAACCAUCGACCUAGAAGGAAUCGACCAAGACCCCAUUAAACGAAAGCAAGUGAUCGCGGAAGUGAAGGAUGCCAUGGAGAGCUGGGGGUUCUUUCAGAUAGUGAAUCAUGGAAUCCCAUUUAGCAUUUUGGAGGACAUGAAAAAGGGAGUGUUGGGGUUCUUUGAAGAAGAUAAUGAGGUGAAGAAGAAAUGGUACACAAGGGAGAUGAACGAGGAGAGACGGGUGGUUUACAACAGUAACUUUGACUUGUAUAGUUCACCGGUUGCUAAUUGGCGCGAUACCAUCUUUUGUGACAUGGCACAAAUUACUCCUCAAGCAGAUGAGUUGCCGCCUACUUGCAGAAAUAUAUGGCCAGAGUACUCGUCCAAAGUGAUGAAGGUUGGAAGUGGUGUAUUUGAGUUAUUAUCCGAGGCUCUUGGGCUGAAACCUGAUCAUCUCUCAAACAUGGGAUGUCUUGACGGGAUUGCACUUAUUGCCCAUUACUAUCCUUCAUGUCCACAACCUGAGUUAGCAAUAGGCAUACCCGACCACGCUGACAACAGUUUCAUCACCAUUCUUUUACAAGACGAUGUUGGAGGCCUUAAAGUGUUUUAUAAAAACCAAUGGGUAGAUGUUCCGCCCAUCAAAGGAGCUCUAGUGGUUAAUGCAGGGGAUCUACUACAAUUAAUUACAAACGACCGGUUCAUAAGUUCUCAACACAAAGUGUUGGCAAACAAGGUUGGUCCAAGAGUUUCCGUGGCAUCGUUCUUUACAACAGGCCGAAGUACAGAACUAUCCAAGGUUUUUGAACCAAUCAAAGAGUUGCUUUCAGAAAAUAAUCCUGCCAAAUAUAGAACCACAACAACAAAGGAAUACAUAGAUCACUAUUUGAGAAAGGGUCAUGAUGGUACUUCUGCUCUUUUGCAUUUCAAAAUCUAGAUAGCUUGCUAACUUAUCCAUAUUAUAAAGCCUUUAUGUUUGGUA